UCUUUUUUUUGCGCGCUUCUAUAUGAAAUCAUAUACAUACAUAUAUAUUUUUUUUGUGCUAAAUUACUAUUUAUUAUGCUGCGGUGAUUUACGAGUGGUAUUGCGCUUUGAUUGACAACAACAAUAAUAAUAUUGAAACCCUUCGUUGCAUAUAAAAGCAAUAGCGAGGAAAGUUGCAGCAAUACAAAAAGCCGUUAUUUUUAAACUUAUUCAUACGCUUGCUUCUUCGCAUAAAAGUGAAAGAUUUUAACAGACAUACUAAGGCAGCGGGUAGCGGCUUCUCUUACAUACGAACAUACAUCCACAAACUGACUUCAUGCAUACAAAUAAUGUAUUUAAUCAGCUUAACUACAUCAUAAACAAACAUAUUUUUUAUUGGUUUUUAACAACAAAAGUAAAAAAAUAAUAUAAUAAUAAUAAUAAUAAUAGAAAUACGUUACGAAGAAACACCAAACAUCAAACUAACCUGCUUUAAUUGAAUUGCGGCCGAAAAGAAUUUGGUCAAAUUUAACAUAAGAAUAAGGCGUCGAGACCAUAAAUAAUACAGAACCUUAACACCUGUUCGCACAAAAUUCUAUACUCAUCCACAACUAAAAGAAACGGUGCUUGGAAAAAUAAAAAAAAUCGUUUAGAUUGAAGUUGAUUUUAAUUGGGUAUAACUUUUCUCUCUUCCAUUGAAUUCGCGGACAUUAAAAUGAAUUAUGAAAAAGCCAGUGAAACGCAAAAAAAUAGCGUGAAGAGUUUCUGGAAUGACCGCAUAAUGGAGCGAUUUAUAAAAGCAAAUUUAUUUAUUAUCUGCUGUGUGGCUGCGGGUCUACUUUUGAUUGUUUAUUUAGGCGCAUUCUCCUGUGAGGUGUCGUGGAUACUGGAGGCGCGUGGCGACUUGCCAAUAUCUGCGUAUAUACUAUGUACACAGUUUUUUAUUGUAUUUGUCGCCACAACAAUUUUAAUACAUGGUUUGGUCACAGGCUUGCCUUGGGGCCUAUUCGCUUGGUCAGUGAUAAUCGGUCUAUUAUCAAUACCGGAGCUAAUAUUCGUAAUGAUUAUGACAACGCAGCAUUGGGGUCUGCAAUCUGUACACGGCUUGACUGAACUGAUAUCUUACCUCAUACGGCUGGUGAUAAAUUGUUUCGCCUUGAUUUGUGUUAUUCCAACUGGUUUGAGGUGGCGCCGUGAAACUCAAGUUCUUUCACAGUUACAGGACUUAGCUACACGUCUACAACUUCAAACACCACCACCUAGUGUACCCAUAACAAAAGCAGAUUCACGACGUUCCAGUAAACGCAUAAUGGAUCACACAGGUUUCGAUAAUGGUGGCUAUCAAAUAAAUGAAGGCAAUACACAAAUUAAUAUCAGCGGUUCCCAACCUCAGGGUUUAAAUAUGUUUAAUAAUAAUAAUGCAAUUUUUGGAUCACAAAAUGAAUUCAAUGCCAGUAUAUUUGUGCCUCCUUACAUGCAACAAUUUAGUGUUCCUGGUAGAAAUCAAAAUCGUGCACAAUCUUUGAUGGACUUACGCUGCACCUUGCCUGGUAUGUAUAAUCCACGUUAUGUGUUGGAUACAGAGGAUAAGAAUGGAAAAUACUUUAACAUAACUAUCGAUGACUUAAAGAAUAAUAUACAAGAUUCAAACAAAAAUCAAACACCUUCCAUUAUUGGUUCAGUUAAUGAUCCUAUCUAUUGCUCAAUUGAACCAAAACAAACACCACCACAACAACGACAUCAUAAACGCGAUUCUAUGGGUGGCGCACAACAAAAAGGACCACCAGCAAAAUUGGCAAGAAAUUGUAUAUCACUUGAAAAUUUGGAUGGUAUUACGAAGGUGCAAAACGAUAUAAAUUCAUGCAAUAACAAUAUGCUACAAAACUAUACACAACAACAACAGUACUACUUAGCAAUGCUUAGUGGUUAUCUGAAUCCUUUGCAGAACAAUGUGAACAUAUAUAGACGACCGACAUCAGUACAUGGUAGCAUGAAUGCUGCUGCAUUUACAGGCUCUGUUUUAGCACAACCACUACACCGACAUAAUUCUCAACAUCAAUUGCAAUAUUAUGGUGGUUUUGGUUAUGCUAAUUAUACGAAUCCAUACAUAACUGCCAAUAGCAAGUUGUCUUUGGGCAACGAAUCUGACGAUUAUCGCAAAUAUCGGGAUGUAGCGCUUUAGUGUAAUAACUGGAAGCUGAUAGAUAAAUAUCAAAAUUAAAGCUAACAGCUUAACAGUCAAGUUUUUUUACUCAUAGUAUAUAUUUACGCGUACUUCUACUUUUAUAUAUAGUAUAAUAAUAGUACUAUAAAAACAUUACAAUAAUUUUUGUUUGAAGAGUCUGUGUUUUGAUAAUACUAUGUUUAUAAGACAGCUCGUACAACGACCAAAGAACAAACUAACUCAAUUUUUAUAGAUCAGAGAGAGACACUGCAUAACAACUAAACAAUACUAAAGAGUGCAUUAUUUAUUUAUUUCUAUAAGCUUUUUUUGGUUUUAAAGCAAAUUAUUUUAAAUAUAAUGUUAUUAUUUAAAAUAUUCCUAUAUUUUAUAUUGUAAGGCAGAGAAAAGUACUAACUUUUUUGGGUGCUAUCCGUAUGCUUUUAAUGAAGCUUAAAAUGCUUAUAAUUUUUGUUAUAUAAAUAUAUUUGUGUAUAUGUAUAGA